AUGCCGGUGACACAUCUCGAACUCGAAAAUUUCAAAUCGUAUGGUGGCUUGCAAAAGAUUGGACCCUUCAAGUCCUUUACCAGUAUCAUUGGUCCCAAUGGUAGCGGAAAAUCUAAUUGCAUGGACGCCCUCUCAUUUGUAUUGGGAGUCCAAUCGCGAGACUUGCGCAGCAGUCAAAUGAAGGAUCUUAUAUUCCGUCCGCCCGGGCAGAAGAAGCGCUCGAAUAAACUUCGGGCCAGUGCGGCCAUUUACUUCGAAUCGGAUGAGGGAGAAGAGACCAAAUUUCAACGUACUAUCUCGCCAUCUGGUACCGGAGACUAUCGCAUAAACGGAAAUGUCGUCGGCUACAAGGAGUACGAACAGAAUCUAGCAAAGAUUGGCGUUUUGGUCAAGGCACGAAACUUUCUCGUCUUUCAAGGAGACGUCGAGUCAUUGGCCCGCAAAACACCUGCAGAGUUUGUGGAACUCUUGGAGCAAAUAUCUCUAAGUCGAGAAUUGAAGGAACCCUACGAAGAAGCACUCAAGGCCAAGGAUGAAGCUGAAGCAGCGACUCUAUUUUGCUACAACAAGCAGAAGGGAAUGAAAGGAGAACGCCGACAACUCAAGGAGCAAAAGGAGGAAGCUGAACGUUUCCACGAAUUGCUUGAUCAAAAGGCGACCUUACAGACCGAUUACUAUCUAUGGUUACUCUUUCAUUUGGAACAAGAUCGCGAAGAACGUGAAUCGAAACUUCAAGAAUUGCAGCAAGUGUUGCAACAAAAGCAUGCAUUGGAAGAAGAGCACACUGCUACUCUCAAGGAGAGUAAGAAAAAGGCUUCUGCAGCGAGACGUUUAACCCAGGCGGCUGACAACAAGCGGGUCAAAUUGGCCGGCGAAAUGGACAAAUUGGAACCUGCCUUUAUCCAAGUCGAGGAAGAAAUGAAGACAUUUGAAAAGAAAAUUGCCCAAGACAAGUCCCAAGUGGAAAAGAAGAAGUCUCAAGCGGAAAUGCAUGGGGCCAAGCUCCAAGAACUAGACGAAGAAAUUGUCCGUUCCCGAAACGACUUGAAAGAUCUAGAACGUGAAUAUGAUGAAGCAAAGCAGGAUGCGGCUCCCGAUCAAGUCACUUUGACACAAGCACAAGAGGAAGAAUACGAACGCGUCAAGGAAGCUGCUGCCGCCGCAAGUGUGCAACCCCGUCGUAAGUUGGCUACCAUCAACCAAAAAAUGGAAACAGCUCGUGCCAAGGCUGCAUCGGUACAAACAGAGUUGGAUGCUGUCCAGGCUCGCCGGACUGAAGUCAAUCGCGAUUUGAAGGAGUUGGCAGAACGAAGUGACCGCGUUUCCAAGAGUUUGGAAAAGACCAAUGCCGAUCGCAAGGCUGCAGAAGAGACUUUGCGCAAGGCCUCGGGAGAUGCCGAACGCGCCGAACGUCGUCGCGAAGAACUCGAUAUGGAAAUUGAAAAGAUUGACAUUGCACUACGGGAUGCCCGUGACGAAAACCGCAAGUCUAGAGACGAAGAGCGAUUGAUGCAAGCCAUUCGCAGUCUCAAGUCCCACUUUCCAGGUGUAUUGGGUCGUCUAGUAGAUUUGUGUCGACCAGCACAGCGACGAUACAACUUGGCCGUGACUGUGGCCGCUGGAAAGGAUAUGGAUGCCAUUGUAGUAGACACUCGAAGCACUGGUAUUGAGUGUAUCCGUUACCUUCGUGAGCAACGUGUGGGAACGGCUACUUUCCUUCCAUUGGAUAGUCUUCACAUUCCCUCCGCCGAAUCUGCCGAACGCCUUCGUGCUCGGUUGGCCCAGGAUGGGCGGUUCCGCCUCGCAGCAGAUGUGAUCACCUGUGAUGACUCAAUUUCCAAGGCAGUUUUGUACGCUGUCGGAAAUACGGUUGUCUGUGAUGAUUUGGGUGCUGCCCGAGAGCUCUGUUUUGGAGGGCGCCGACGUGGUGGAGACGACUCCUCCAUCAAAGCUGUCACCCUCGGUGGAGCUGUGAUUUCUAAGGCUGGAACCAUGACUGGUGGUGUUACCAAUGAGGAUAGCAACCGUGCCGGUCGAUGGGAUGACAAGGUUGUCCAAGACAUGCGAGACAAGCGUGAGAAACUACAAACGGAACGUUCUGGGUUGGACAGAGGUGAAGGCAGUGGUCGACCAUCCAUAGGUCGCUCUACUCAUAUUGAAGAGCUCCGCAACAACUUCAAUUCUCUCACCAAUCGUGCAGAUUACUCCAAGAGUGAUAUGGACUUUACGAAACGCCAACUCCACGAGAAGCGAACAUUGCUGAAGGCUGUCGAUCUUCAGAUUCCCCAACUCAAGGACGCCCUCGCCAAAACGGAACAAAGUAUCAAGAAGUUGGACGCGGAUGCCACCAAAGCCAUUGUGGCUGUCAAAGCCGCAGAGGAUGAGCAUCUUGGACGCUUCCGUGACGAAACUGGUCUGAAAGACUUGCAAGCAUAUGAACGAGCAAUCCGCCAAAGUCGCGACGAAUACAAGAAGAAGAAGCGUACAGUCACGGAACACAUCACUCAUUUGGAGCAGCAAAAGGAGUACGAGACCAAUCGCGACUUGCAGGAGCCAAUUGUAAAAUUGGAAAAUCGCCUGAAAGGACACGAGAAGAAGCUCAAGGAGGCGAAGAAGAGACAAAAGGAGUUGCAGAAAGACAUGAAGACACUCAAGAAGAAUGUGGAGGAUGCCGAUGCAGCCGUCAAGGAAGCUUCCGAAAAGGAGAAGGAGCUCGAAGACGAAACCAAGGCGUUGCAGAAAGACUUCAAAGACUUCCAGAACGAGAGAGUCGAAAUCAGCAAGGCAGUGGCUGCGGAGGAGGCCGCAUUGGAGCGCCUUCGAGGAAAACUUCACGAAACAUUGCAGAAGGCUCGUGUAGAAGAGGUGGAGCUACCACUGAUCGGCGCAGAUAGCAAACGAAGAAGCACUCGAUCUGGCCGUCAAAUCUCAGCUGACAGUGACGAAGAGAUGAAGGAUACUGACGACGAUGAGUCAGAAAGCCAGAGAAUCUCUCAGUCUCAAGCUUCUCAAGUUCCUACACAGUACUCUCAUGACACCGAUCCCAGAAUGGUUUCCGAUAUGAAUGAAGCCUCAAAGGUUGAUUUCUCGAAGAUGCGCGAAGACCUAAAGCAACGCCUUGGUGACCGUGAAGAACGCAAGGUGCGGAAAGAGUUCGAAGAUGCUCGCACAAGUAUCGAAGGGGAAAUUGAGGGGAUGGUGCCCAAUAUGAAGGCUGCCGAUGCGUUCACUAACGUGACACAAAAACUGAAGGAUACCGGUGCUGACUUUGACAAGGCCAAGGAGGAAUCGCGAAAGGCCACUGCUGAAUUUCAAAAGAUCAAGAAUGAACGUACAAAACGAUUCACGAGGGCCUUCAACCACAUUGACGAAUCUCUCAAGACCAUCUACAGAGACAUGACCAAGAGUAGUAAGCAUCCUCUCGGUGGAAAUGCUUAUCUGAGUCUUGACGAUACGGAGGAGCCAUUCAAGGGAGGUAUGAAGUUCAACGCAAUGCCUCCAAUGAAACGAUUCCGUGAUAUGGAACAGCUUAGUGGUGGUGAAAAGACAGUUGCUGCUCUUGCUCUUCUUUUUGCCAUUCACUCGUAUCAUCCAGCACCAUUCUUUGUGAUGGACGAAGUCGACGCCGCUCUUGAUAACAUCAAUCUUCGAAAAGUGUGCAACUACAUUCAGCAACGCAGUCAAUCGGACUUCCAGUGCAUCGUGAUCAGUUUGAAGGACAUGUUUUACGAACGAAGCGAGGGGCUGGUGGGCAUUUGCAAGGAUGUUGGGACCAACUCUAGUCGCACUAUGACUCUGGACUUGACACAGUUUGACAACCAAGACAAGAAGAAGGCGCGUGGUAAGAAACGCACACGAAGCGAGGGCGGUGGUCCACGAAAGCGCCGAGUCAUGCCCACAAGCCCGGCGGCCACUAUUGCCACCCAGUAA